ACUGACAACACAUGCAAAUCAGGAAUUUUUCCCCAUACCAUUCAUCUCCCUUUUCAAGAACCAAUAUAACAAACAAACAAAAAUCAAACAUUAGUAAAAAAUAUUCAAGAAUCAAGAAUGCCUUAUAGCCAUUUUUUCUUCUUUCUCCUUAUAAGCUUAGCUUUUGCAGCUAUGGCUGCUCCUACACUUAGGCCAGGUUUUUACACGGAAACAUGUCCACAAGCUGAAUUUAUAGUCAAAGAUGUGAUGAAAAAAGCAAUGAAAAGAGAGCCCAGAAGCUUAGCCUCAGUGAUGAGAUUGCAGUUUCAUGAUUGCUUUGUUAAUGGAUGUGAUGCUUCUUUGUUGUUGGAUGAUACACCAAAUAUGCUUGGGGAGAAAAUGGCUUUAUCAAAUAUAAAUUCACUGAGGUCUUAUGAAGUUGUAGAUGAAGUUAAAGAGGCACUGGAAAGAGCCUGCCCUGGUGUUGUUUCUUGUGCUGAUCUUUUAAUCAUGGCUGCUAGAGAUGCUGUUGUUCUGACUGGAGGUCCAAAUUGGGAAGUGAAGUUGGGAAGGCUAGAUAGUUUAACAGCAAGUCAAGAAGAUUCAAACCAAAUCAUGCCAAGUCCAAGAUCAAAUGCAACAUAUCUCAUUGAUCUUUUCAACAGAUAUAAUCUCUCAAUCAAAGAUCUUGUAGCACUUUCUGGUUCUCACUCCAUUGGCAAAGGAAGAUGUUUUUCUAUUGUCUUUAGGCUAUAUAAUCAGUCCGGCUCGGGCCGGCCUGAUCCUACCAUUGAACCAAGAUUCAGAGAAAAGUUAGACAAGCUUUGUCCACUUGGUGGAGAUGGGAAUGUAACAGGAAAUUUGGAUGCAACACCUGAAGUAUUUGACAAUCAAUAUUUCAAAGACUUGGUAAAUGGUAGAGGGUUCUUGAAUUCAGAUCAAACACUUUUUACUAACCCUUUUACUAGGGAAUAUGUUAGAGAAUUUAGUGUAAGUCAGGAGAAAUUUUUUAAGGCUUUUGUUGAAGGGAUGAUAAAGAUGGGUGACCUGCAAUCUGGCCGCCCAGGUGAGAUUAGACGGGAUUGCAGAGUGGUGAAUAGCCGUCGUCCGCGAGUUGAAGUCUUGUUUGAGACUUCAAAUAGAGGAGAGUAACCACCAACUGAAUUGGAGAAAGGUUUGAAAAAGUCUAUUGUAGUUUUAUGAUCAGAAUAGUAUCAAUCAGAUUGUUUCUUCUGAUGUUUUAUGGGCUUUGUUUGGAUUUUA